AUGCCGUGUUUAUACCGUCGUCGCGCAGACGCUCUUAUGGCGUCAUACAACUCCAGCGGCUCCGACUAUAUGGACAAUUUUACUUCCGACGCUACAGUGAGCGACUUUCUGUUCAACGCAAUUGACAUGGACAAAGAAGCCACGCAUGGCUUCUUUUCCACCUUUCUCACUAAUAAUUCCGACGUGAACUUUAUAACGAGAGACGUGACCGGAUCGAAUGAGUUUCUUGCUCACGAAAUGCACAUUGACUUUAUCGCCGGCAGUGACAUCGAGAGCUUGAACAUUUCCAAGGGUCAAUUUGUGCGCCUCACAGGUGUUUCGGUGCAGCGGUGGCGGGAAGAAAACUCUGCAAGCCAGAAUAUUGAUGAGUUGACUAGAUGGAAAAUCUUUGAGCAGAAAGAUUACUUCUUUGUUGCGGAGAAGCGGAAUGCUGCUUAG